AGUAUGUCUCAGUCGGCCUAUUCGACCCCAUUUCAUUUCAAUAGCCACGACACAACCGUCUAGAAAGCUAAAACCCCAGAAACGAAUAAACCCCACACAACAUUUCGGACUCGGUUUCGUCGCCUGGAAUUGAUGAGGCAACUACUAAGGUCCUUCACGAGACUCGGAGGUGUUAGGAGUUACAGCGCGGUGAAAAAGGACCUUCGGAUUGAGGGUGUUAAGCAUGCCAUAGCUGUUGCUUCUGGUAAAGGCGGUGUGGGCAAGUCCACCACUGCAGUUAAUCUGGCUGUUGCACUUGCUAACAAGUGUGGAAUGAAGGUCGGCUUGCUUGAUGCUGAUGUAUAUGGACCAAAUGUUCCGAUCAUGAUGAAGCUCGAAGGAAAGCCAGAAGUGACCAAAGAUAAAAAAAUGAUUCCAAUAGAGAGCUAUGGAAUCAAGUGUAUGUCAAUUGGACUUCUUGUCGAUAAGGAUGCACCACUUGUUUGGAGAGGUCCUAUGGUAUCAAGUGCUCUUGAAAAAAUGACAAGGGGGGUUGACUGGGGAAAUCUUGAUAUUCUUGUGGUAGACAUGCCUCCUGGCACUGGUGAUGCUCAUAUAACUGUAUCCCAAAGGCUGCAAUUAUCUGGUGCAUUGAUUGUUUCAACACCUCAAGAUGUUGCACUAAUGGAUGCUCGCAGAGGAAUUAAUAUGUUCUCUAAAGUUGAAGUGCCGAUUUUGGGGAUUGUUGAGAACAUGAGCUGUUUUAAGUGUCCAAACUGUGCUGAACGAUGGUUCAUCUUUGGGGAAGGAGGAUCUCGUAAGACAGCAGCAGAGAUGGGAAUAGAAGUUGCUGGUGAGAUACCAUUAGAACUGGGCAUCAGAAAGGGCUCUGAUGAUGGUGUCCCAAUAGUAAUAUCGGCUCCUGAUUCUGAUGUCUCCAAAGCAUAUAUUGAGGUGGCUCAGAAAGUUGUCAGCAGACUUGAGGAAUUAUCAAAGGAACAACAUUCACGUCCUGAGAUUUCCCUUUGAUUUUCGCGGUGUUCCUGUCUUUAUCUACAACUGAUGUUUUUGUGCUGUUCAGUGAAGUAGAAUUUAUUCAAAGCAUAAGAAUAGUUUGCCUGACAAAUUAUUCAACUGUCUAUAUUCUGCAUUA